AGUUAACAAUGAUGAAUUCGGCGUUUCGAAACGUUCACUUCACUGCGUCUCGUCUGAUAAACCCUAACCCCAUUUCCUCUUCGAUUCUCCAUUUUCUCCCUCUUUAUUCCGGCGAGGUUGCUCCUCGGCGUUCCACUCCUAUUCGCCGUCGAAACGUAGUAUCUCCUUCCUUUACCUUCCCUUUCUGCUCAUAUUCCUCUUCUUCUUCUUCUUUCUAUAUUCCUAUGGCGGGAGGAGAUGAUCAGGUGCCUCCACCAACGUCGCAUUCGCUUGAGAAGCAGUUCGAGAAUUUCCGUGCUCAGCUGGAAGAAUCUGCAGCUUUGCGUGAGCAGAUUCGUGCUGUUGUUAUGGAGAUUGAAUCCGCCACGAGGCUCAUUCAAGCUAACCUCCUCCUCGUUCAUCAAUCGCGACCUAUUCCCGAGGUUAUCGAGAAAGCUAAGGAAAAAAUCACUGACUUGAAGCAGUUUUACGGCCGGCUUGCUCAAAUUCUUCAGAAGUGUCCUGGACAGUACUAUAGGUACCAUGGGGAUUGGAGAAGUGAAACACAGGCAGUGGUCUCCCAGCUUGCUUUUAUGCACUGGCUAGAAACUGGAACUCUUCUUGUGCAUACGGAAGCUGAAGAAAAACUUGGGUUGAACAGUUUGGAGUUUGGAUUGGAGACCGAAGAUUAUCUGACUGGAAUUUGUUUCAUGUCAAACGAUUUGCCUAGGUACGUGGUCAAUCGAGUGACAGCAGGAGACUAUGACUGCCCAAGAAAGGUGAUGAAUUUUUUGACGGAUCUUCAUGCAGCCUUUCGCAUGCUCAAUCUCAGGAACGAUUUUCUCCGCAAGAAAUUCGAUAGCAUGAAAUAUGACCUAAGAAGAGUCGAAGAAGUUUACUAUGAUGUCAAGAUCCGAGGUUUGAUUUCUGGUGGAGAUCCUCCUGUCGUCCAAGGCCAAUCCUAAGUCUUCACUCUUCACUCUAUCUGCUCUCUUCUCUUAUGACUAUGUUGUUUAGCUCAGGAUAAAAACGGCAAGGAGUGUUUCUCUGUAAACCAAAACGGCAAGAAAUAGACCCUUUUUAGUUUAGUAUGCAAUCCCGGAAAACGAACAGUUGUUUUUCUUUUGCGUUACCGAACUUCAAAGUAUGGGCCUUCACCUAAAGCCCAUUUUUUAAUUCUUUUUAGACGGGGUGAAAGGCGGCGUCAAAUGAGUCAUUAACGGCGUCAAAGGAAUCGCAACUUUUCCGUUUCCCGGACUGAGAGAGGG